CUGGCCAGAUCCAUUUGAUAGAAGAGUUUAGAAGCGAGAACGUGGUUGUUUCAACUCAGAAGCUUACAGUUCACUCAGCAAACCCACCUUCGACCAUGGGAAAGGAGAAGACUCAUGUUAAUCUGGUGAUCAUCGGUCACGUCGACAGUGGAAAGUCAACCACCACCGGCCACCUGGUCUACAAAUGUGGCGGCAUUGACCAAAGAAAACUGGAGAAGUUUGAGAAAGCUGCAGCACAGAUGGGGAAGAGUUCCUUCAAAUUCGCGUGGGUGUUGGACAAGCUGAAAGCAGAACGCGAGCGAGGGAUCACCAUCGAUAUCACACUGCUGAAAUUUAACACUCAGAAAUACACCAUGACCAUAAUUGAUGCUCCUGGUCACCGUGACUUCAUUAAGAACAUGAUAACGGGGACUUCACAGGCAGAUGUUGCUCUCCUGGUGGUCUCUGCAGCUAAAGGAGAAUAUGAGGCUGGUGUGUCGAGAAGUGGUCAGACCAGAGAACAUGCCUUACUCGCUUAUACUCUGGGCGUCAAGCAAAUCAUCGUCUGUGUGAACAAGAUGGAUCUGACUGAACCACCGUACAGCCAGGAACGCUUUGACGAAGUGGUGCGAGGCGUGAGCGGCUUCCUCAAGAAGAUCGGCUACGACGCGUUGACCGUCCCCUUUGUUCCGAUUUCUGGUUGGACUGGAGAGAACAUGAUCACCGCAACUCAGAAGAUGCCUUGGUUCCAAGGCUGGAAAGCCAGGCGACGGGAAGGGAAUGCAAGCGGGAGAACUCUACUAGAAGUCCUGGACUCGAUUCAACCCCCAGUGCGCACCAUCAACAAACCCCUACGAUUACCUCUGCAGGAUGUCUACAAAAUUGGAGGAGUUGGAACAGUCCCAGUAGGCAAGAUUGAAACCGGUGUCCUCAAACCUGGCAUGACCUUGGUGUUCUCGCCUGCCAAGCUCACUGCUGAGGUGAAGUCUAUUGAGAUGCACCACCAGGGGCUGCAGACUGCACUGCCGGGACACAAUGUUGGCUUCAACAUUAAGAACGUGUCAGUCAAGAACCUGCGGCGCGGGGAUGUGGCCGGCAAUGCCCAGCAGGAUCCUCCAUCGGACGUCAGCAGCUUUGAAGCUCAGGUGAUCAUCCUGAACCAUCCAGGGAAGGUCAAAGCGGGAUACUCUCCCGUCCUGGACUGUCACACCGCCCACGUGACCUGUCGCUUUGCUGAGCUGAAGGAGAAGGUUGACCGCCGUUCAGGCAAGAAACUGGAGGACCAUCCACAGGUUCUGAUGUCUGGAGAUGCUGCUAACAUCAAAUUGGUUCCCAUCAAGCCCAUGUGUGUGGAGAGCUUCUUCACAUACCCUCCUUUAGGUCGCUUUGCUGCCAGAGACCUGAAGCAGACAGUCGCUGUAGGAGUCAUCAAGUCCGUGGAGAAAGACCAAGGCUCAAAACUUAAAGCCCAAGUGUGUAAAUAAGUUUGUUUUCAUUUACCAGUAUUCUGGUAUUACGGCUGUAAAGAUUUAUUUUGUAGGAUAAAAUUUGUGUUGUGACACAAAAGUAUAUUCGUUGUCUUUAAAAAGUGACUAUUCCUGUGUUAAUGUUAAAUCCAAGAAGACGCUGUAGAAACUUUCGUUAAAAUGUAAAUUGUUGAAAUAACAAAAUAAACAAUUAUUU